AUGGGCAGCCAAAAGAAAACGGCGCUCACCCCGUUCACCAACGAAAAGGGCUGGGUACCCCCAACAAGAAGCCGGGGGAUGUAUCCACCCUCCAUCAACUGCCCCAAUCACGAAAUCGUGAUUAAUACAACAGAAACCCCAAGUGGUCCAUCCCUUAGCCUGUGUUGCUUGCAGGUGAAGCAAUACGAGGCAGGGGAGUUGGAGGCGUGUACCGCCGCCAGGAGAGCCAGAGGUGCCACCACUUGGGUGGCUUUUGUAGGUGACUCCACCAUGAGGCAGAAGAUUCAUUCCUUCCUGAGCUUCCUGCCGCCCCAGCUGACUUACACCUAUCUCAUAGGUGACACAGAGGUGACGCUGGAAGACUUUACCUUGGCUGUGUCUCGCCCUGAACACAAGCCUCAAACAUACGACGUUCUAGGUCACCGAACCUCUACAACCACAACCUCGUCCUCCACCUCGCAGCCCACACGCUCCCACCCACACAAUGCAAGUGGAUACCACAGUAGUAACGGAAGCAGCCACACUCCUGCUCAACGCACUGAUGGUGAAUACAACAGUGCGAAUCGUGGCAUGCACAUUGUAAAUAACAGAAACACAGGUCGGAAGAUAUAUGAUGUACACAGCAGUAAUAACGGAACGUUUCUUAAAAACCCUGAAAAAACGAAAAUAAAUUCUGCCGGGAUAAAAAAUAAGGGAAUCAUUGAAUAUUCCAGUAAACCAUUACUCGAGGCGGACACCCGCCUUGAGUCCUAUGACCUGCGAGUUACAUUAGUAUGGGCGCCGACUGGGUCUACGAUGGACCACCCGACUCCAAGAACCGGCCGGAAGGUCACCAAGCUGCACGACUUGGCCACAGCAAUAGUCGUGCCUGACGUCGUAGUUGUAGGUAAGGUUCUCCCUUCCCUCGCGUUUUGUGUACGGUGGAGUCAGGCUUAUAUUUGUAACAAUGAAAUAAAGAUCUGUGGCGAGCAUUUUUCUGUGUAUAUGAAAAAUCCUACUUAUGUUCGCCAAUUUAGUUUUGGUGAGGUCUUUGGUGAAUGUGCCAGAUACUAUGGCGACUCUAGUGUUGUCUUGUACGAGUGCAUUAGAGGCGUUCGGAGCAACUUGACUGUUGAGAAGAAGAAUAACUAUAUACCACUGAGUCACAUUACCCUUGUUACCAAUGCUCUCUGCCAGGUACCACUGUUUCAUAUUACCCUUGUUACCAAUGCUUUCUGCCAGGUACCACUGUUUCAUAUUACCUGUGAUACUAAUGCUUUCUGCCAAGUACCAUUGGUUCAUAUUACCCUUGUUACCAAUGCUCUCUGCCAGAUACCGCUGUUUCACAUUACCAUUAUUCACGUUGCCAGGUACCGCUGGUUCAACUUCGAAAGUCCAAAAGCCUCUGCAGGCAUCCAGAAUCUCAAGGCGCAGUGGGGAAAUAUGUUGUACUUCAGCCAGUUCAACGACACCAUCCCUUUCACCGACUCCUGGCUUUGGAGACAACUAAGGUCAACAGGAGCGUGGCAGUGGGACUCCAGUUUACCCUUCAAUCUUGCUAACGUGCGAGAGUGUCACCAACUGAGUAUGAAACAUAUACUCACACUCAUGGCAAUGGCAAAUCUUUGGUGGAAGUGUAAGGACCCUCAUCACUCCUCAUAUGAGACCAACAGUGUCGAAAUCCAAAUGUUGCUUAACCUUCUGUGUAACCCAUACCUAGACACCGCUAAACAGUACUGCUGCUCUGGGAAAUAAACUGGAUACCAGGCACUAUUAAGAUCAUUUUAUUUCUCAAGAUAGACUAGAACUAUAAUAAUUAACAAUGCACAUUUUUACAAGGAUAAACAUAGACACACACAGUCAAAUCAUAAACAAUACGGUACUAUUAUGUAUAUUACACUGGUCAACAACUGAAAUGCUUCCGAGACCAGAGUAGCAAUUUCCAACUAAUUUUUGAUCACUGAUAACGAAUAUCAUGGUUAAAAUUGUUUGUUAGCUCUACGUGUCACAACAGGUUCCAACAGGCUUGUGGCAGUGUUUCUUACCACACUCAGUCUCACUGACCUUCAUUAUUGUUCCAGCAGUCAUAAUCGUGAUGUGCAAGUUUAUAUUUUGAGGUAAAAGGUAGGUGAUUUUCUUAGCCAAACACUUUUUAAACUUAUAAUAAAUAUUCACUGAGCAAGCUAUUGAUAUGCAUAUUUUAUUAAUUUUAUUUUCCUACUGAAUGAUAUAAAUACUUCUGCUUAGCUGUCAUAUUCUGUAUUAUAAUGAUAAAUUAAUGAAUAAAUUUUCUGUUUAUCUUCUGAUUUGUUAUUUUCUUCUUUCAGAUGCCUCGUACUUGUAUGAAUAUGGCAGACAACUUCUGCUACAUUUGUGGUGAGGUGACCUUUGCAUCACAGAAGCGCCGUAUAACUGCUAUGGUUAAAAAGGCAUAUCACCUGUAUUUUGGAUGCAAGAUUGGUGACCAAGAUAAGAACUGGGCUCCACACAUAUGCUGCAACAAUUGUGCUAUUAACCUCGCCAGUGGUUGAACAGGAAGAGAAAAGGAAUGCCUUUUGCUGUGCCAAUGACAUGAUGGGAGCCAACAGACCAUACCAACAAUUGUUAUUUCUGCAUGGUACCUCCAGUACAAAAGGGCUUGUCAAAGAAAAAAAAGGGGUCCAUUGAAUAUCCAAACAUUCCAUCAGCUAUUCUCUCAGUUCCACAUGGAGAAGGUCGACCUGUUCCUGAGGCACCAACUUCGGUAUCCUUCGAGUCAGAUGAAGAAAGUGGUGAGGAGGAAGAUAAGAGAGGGAAGAAAAUAAGAGGGAGGAAGAUAAGAGAGGAGUCUUUAAUGGUCCUCAGAUUCGAGAGCUUGUUAGAGAUUGUGACUUUGAAUCAGACCUUCAUGGGGACGAGAAAGUUGCUUGGGAAGCAUUCAAGUUAGUGGUGAAGGGAUUUCUCGGAAACAGAAGGGAAGACAAAUAUGAAGAAUGGUGGAAAGCUUACAAGAACAUGGGAUGUAACAUGCCACUUAAAAUCCACUUGUUGGACUCACAUUUAGACUUUUUUCAGCGAACUGUGGGGCAGUUAGUAACGAACAUGGUUAAAGAUUUCACCAAGAUAUUUCAGCCAUGGAAAAAUGGUACCAGGGCAAAUUGGGCACAAGAAUGCUUGCAAACUAUUGCUGGACAUUGGCAAGAGAUGGUUCUUCAGGCCAUUAUAAGCGUCAAGCAAAAAAGCAAAGAGUAGGUACGGAUUAGAGUUUAAAACAUACUGACAUAUACUGUACGUUAUAAUAAAAUAAUCAAAUAUUACAUGUCUCGUAUCUUUAAACCUAUACCCAACAAGCAUUUUUCAAGGUGAUAUUUGGAUUCGGGACAUGAAAAUACAUAAGAAUUAACUAAUCCCAUUUAAGAAGCAUACGACUUUUCAAAAAUUGUUGACCGUGUAAUUUUAGCCUAUCUUUCAAAUAAGAUAAAAUAUGUACAAAUAAUUUCUUAGUUAUGUAUUUUUUAAUCGGCAGCUUGUCACCAAAGCAGGGUGACCCAAAGAAGCGUUCGUCUCACAUCCAAAAAAAACUCCAUUCUAUUCUCUGCCCAUGUUGACCAUAUUCAGUAAAGUGCUACCUAAACGUUAAUUAAUCAACUGCUUUGGGUUAAGUAUUAGAGAACAACAGGAAGAAACCAUAUAUAAAUAAGUUAUACUAAAUGACUUUCUUGGGUUAGUCUGGCUUAAAACCUUCAUAGAUCAGGGUAGUCACACAGUAUUGCUUACCAAACUUCGAUAAAAAAAAAAUGUGCGUAGUCAAGCACCAAAUAUCUUCUGUUAUGCUCUAAGAGAUUGAAAUGUGUAGUCUAAUCAUACAAAGCCAGUAAUAAAAUAAAUCAAUAUACGAUCACAGUUGAAAAAUGAAGAUAAACUUCAUUCAAGAUCACAUAUUUUACACACUAUUAUACGUUUAUACAAUGUUUCAAUAAAUAUAUAAUCGUUUUAAUCAUACAGUGAUGGUAAAUUAUAUAGCGAUAACUCGUUCAGCUCACAACCAUAAGAGAAUAUAUGUAAACUGUGAGAAGUGUGGAAAAUUACAUUUACCUGGAUGAAUCUCAUUAGAUACAUACAAGUAAAUGGUAACAAAGAUAAUUAUUAUUUAUCAAAGUUACAGAGACAAGUAGGAAUUUUUAGGACACCUAGGUCGCAAAAAAUGUCCCCCUUCGAUAACUAACAUCUAUCUCUCCACAAGUUGUUCUAAACCUAUAUUAAUUGCAAAUGAAAUGUACAUCACCAGGAAUUCUGGUAAAAUUUAAUAUAAAUUUGUGGACUGUAUAUUAAAAUUAAUAAAUGAUUACAUAUACACAUUUAUAUAACAGAAGGAGAAUUUAUAAUCAUAACACUCACCAAUUAGUCUGGAGAUUACUGUGUAUCAUGUACAGAAACCCCCCCUCUAUCCAAAUUUAUGAUGAUAAUACUGGCCAGAAUUACAAACAAUUUAGAUAGCUUAUCUGAGGCUCCUAGAGCUGUCUUUUACAUCUGUUUAAUGCUCAAGUUAUGCAGGAAUGCACAUCCAACAAUUUCGGCUCCUGUUUGAGAGGUUUUAAGCCCAAUAUAACCCCUAGAGCGACGAAAAUUAAGCACAUUUCAUUAGAGUGCCUGUAACACAUUAAAAAAACAAUGGCCUCUCCUCCCCGCUCGUCAGCGCAGGCGCAGAGCUUCCCUCCCCAUUCUCUUUUUCAUUUACAAAUUAAUUUUUAUCAAAUACAAUUACACUAAUUUUCAUAAAAUAUACGCUAGAUUUUUUUCGGAAAAUACAUUAUUUUCCACAAGAAGUAUGACUCCCAGUGUAUACAUGCUGAAAGUUUACCGUAAUCCUUAUUUUGUGGACUAACAUGUUCUUGACUGGUAAAGAACAAGUUACAUGCAGCCUAAAUGAUUCUCGUG